AACGGAACGCCCGCGGGACAUACCAGCAGCGCUAUCGUCAUCGAUAUGGUGGAACGUGAUGGAGCUAGGCCAGCUCCUGUGCAAGAAAUGUGCUACACGCCAAUUCUCGUCAUCGCUUACUACGCAAUCGCAUUUCUCGGUUCUUGAAUUAAACUUUCCGCCUCUUGACAACUUUGUCCUGAAUCCUGAUCCUGCUGCUUCUGUUUGCUCACUUAACACCCUCUGCGAGCGAUCAUCGCGGGCUCAACAAAGCUCGAAUUUGCUCUCGCUCUCCCGGACUUUCUUCUUCAUUGCCCACCAGACAACACCAACCCCACACCUACAUCCAACCGCACCAAAAUACAGCCACUUCGUUUCGCAACCAUGCCGAAGCCGCCCAACCUUUACUCAUUCGACAAUCCGGAUGCGCUGGCCAAGAACCUGCGUGCUUUCGUGCUGACUGCGCAAAACGAAUCAAUCGCGCGUCACGAUGUCUUCCGCGUUGCUGUUAGUGGCGGUUCCCUUCCGAAGGUGCUCGCCAAAGCCCUACUCGCCGAUCCCGACCCUGCCAGAGUGGACAGGGACACUCCAAAAUAUAGCAAGUGGGAGAUAUUCUAUGCCGACGAACGCGCUGUGCCUCUAGACCAUGAGGACUCAAAUCACCGACUCGUCAAAGAGGAGCUGCUCGACAAGAUUGACACGGAAAAGUAUGGGAAACCAGAGGUGUUUCCUAUUGAUGUCAAGUAUCUAGAUGAUGUGCAGGAGAUGGCAGAUCAAUACGAGCAGACGCUUGUCAGCCGCUUCGCUGCCAGGGACAGCGUGCGAAUUCCCAUGUUCGAUUUGCUGCUGCUAGGCUGUGGCCCGGACGGCCACACUUGCAGCUUGUUCCCUGGAAGCCCACUGCUCCGAGAGACUGAAGCCUGGGUGUUGCCCGUCUUCGACAGUCCCAAGCCACCACCUAAGAGGAUCACGCUGAGCCUGCCUGUCGCGAGCCAUGGAAUCAAGAUUGGGUUUGUUGCCACAGGCGGGGGCAAGAAGGAAAUCAUGAAGCAAAUCUUCGACACUGUCGAGGGCAGACAGCUACCAUGUGGGCUCAUCAACGAGUUUGCGCAAGAACGGGUCAGCUGGUUCACCGAUACGGCUGCUGUAGAAGGCGUGGCUUUCCCAUCGAGGAAGGCGAGUCUGAUAUGAGAUCUACGAUAGCAAAUAAAGCCAAAACAAGAAAAAAAAAAAUUGGAAUGGCCGAAUACGGAUGAUGACACUGCGCUUCGGCACUUCCACGACAUGACUAGAUGAUCUGAUAGAAGAAGGAUGAGCCAGUCAAGGUAUAUCUAGCUACCAUUUCUCAGGCGUCCCAAGAGGGACUGCUCCAAUCUUAACGACGUCCCAUUUGAUUAAAGGUCUUCUCUUCCCUCCACAAUAACAGUUUCGUAAGGUUCAUUACUACUGUUGUUAUUAUGUUUGUACUUGGCCCAACCAUGGACUACAUUACGUUCAACAAUGCGAAUGUGCCAGGGACGUUCCCAUCAGCAAGGCCGUUCCUGUCAUCAUAGGCCGCCUCAAGUCUUUGAUUUGAAUUUUCACGCCAGGAAGUCCAUCAUCAUUCUUAAGCGUCGUUCAUGUUUUCCCAAGCUCGUCGAAGUAUUUUAG